AUGCCGAUGUACCAGGUAAAACCCUAUCACGGGGGCGGCGUGCCUCUCCAUGUAGACCUUCCAACCUGCAUGUACCGACUUCCUAACGUGCACAGCCGGAGCAGCGGCCCCGCAACCGACGCUAGCCACGUGCAGGGAGCAGCUGACCCUUCUCCUCUUCAAGCUCUGGAGUCACGUCAGGAUGAAAUUCUCAAAUGCCUAUAUGAACUGAAAGCCGCAGUGGAUGGUCUCUCUAAGAUGAUCCAGACACCAGAUGCAGACUUGGAUGUGACUGACAUAAUCCAUGCUGAUGAGCCCACCACUUUCACCACCAGCGCGCUGGACUUAAAUUCAGUGCUGGGAAAGGAUUAUGGAGCGCUGAAAGACAUUGUGAUCAAUGCAAACCCAGCCGAGCCACCUCUCUCCCUGCUGGUGCUACACGGACUGCUCUGUGACCGGUACAGGGUCCUGUCCACAGUCCACACGCACUCAUCGGUCAAGAGCGUGCCCGAAAACCUCCUCAGGUGCUUUGGAGCACAGACUGAAAAGCAGCCACGUCACGAGUACCAGUUGGGUUUUACUUUGAUUUGGAAGAAUGUGCCAAAGAUUCAGAUGAAGUUCAGCGUCCAAACCAUGUGCCCCAUUGAAGGAGAAGGGAACAUUGCUCGGUUUUUGUUCUCUUUGUUUGGCCAGAAGCACAAUGCUGUCAACUUAACCCUCAUAGAUAGCUGGGUGGAUGUAGCGAUUUUCCAGCUGAAAGAGGGAAGCAGUAAGGAAAAGGCCGCCGUGUUCCGCUCCAUGAACUCUGCUCUUGGGAAGAGCCCCUGGCUGGUUGGUAAUGAACUCACCGUAGCAGACGUGGUGCUGUGGUCCGUGCUUCAGCAGUCGGGGGGCGCCAGUGGGACGGUGCCUGCCAACGUGCAGAAGUGGAUGAAGUCAUGUGAAAACCUGGCUGCCUUCAACGCUGCCCUCAGGCUCCUUCAGUGA